AUGGAAUGUGAGUUGUACUUGGAUGGGGGGCCUGUCGGUGGGGAUCUCGUUGUUUUGGUGAGGAUGGACAACGUAUUGAAAUGUCAGAACUGUCGCUUGCCCCUGCAACUGGACACGUCGUUGCUGGAUCUGAGCGUUUCGCAGAGGGACCUCAUAUUGAGCAGUCUGAGGGAUCAUGCUGUGGACAGUGGGGAUCCUGGGAGGAGCAGGAUACCGCGGGACAGGCUCCGGAUGGUUGGGCAGGUGAGUUCCCAUGAGGAGGUCAAUGCACUGCUGCGAGGUGGCGCGGAGUUGAACUCUUACGUGGAUUUGGGUGGGGGUGCAGGUGCAGGUGCAAGUGCAAGUGCAAACGCAGGGCACGGGAGGAUGUACGAGGAGGAUGACGAGGAUGACGAUGACAAUGCGUUGAGGGGUGAGCGGAAGGGUACGAGCAGCAGGGACAGUGGACACGGGUCCGAUGCGUCGCGGGGUCGCGGGUUGGCCACGGAGAGAACACUCUCGACUCAAGUUUCUGCCCUAUCCAAUAUCUUCAACAUCUUGUCCGCAAAGAGUACGGUCGACUACCCUGUGUGUCAGGACUGCUGCCAGAAUGUGGUGAAUCGGUUGAAGAUGGAGUACGAGGAGGCACUCAACGAGAACAAGACUUACACGGAUUUCUUGAAUAGACUGGAGACACAGCAGACAAAAGCAAACGACCCGCCUAAUGGCACAGAUGCAGAAACUUCUAAGCAUGCAGAAGAGAUGGACCGUUUGGAUUGUGAGGAGGUGGGACUACUAGAGCAACUGAAAGAGCUGGAGACGGAGGAUACGAAAUUGGAUUCUCAGAUUCAACAGCUGGAGGCGGAGCUUGCCGCAAAGCACAAACUUGAUCAAGAGAAAGUACGGCUCGCAAACAUGGAGGAUCUGAGGCAGAUGGAGCUUUUCAAAGAAUUGAACAGUAUGCAGACGCAAUACGAGCUGGCUCUCGACAGCCUGGACACUCUGAGAAAGACGAACAUAUACCACGAAACUUUCAAAAUAUCGCAUAAUGGACCCUUUGGCACGAUCAACGGGCUACGACUCGGGUCUGUGCCGGAGACUCCGGUGUCGUGGAGAGAGAUCAACGCUGCACUGGGCCAAGUGGUACUCUUGCUAAGCACGAUCUCGGUCGGACUCAAUUGCAAGAUAAAAAAUUACAGACUACAACCCAUGGGGUCCUUCUCCAAAGUGUUGAAGCUCGACGAUACAACGCAGGAAUGGAUCCCAUUUGAAGCUUACCACAACGAGAAGUUCAACAUCACCAAGAUUUUCCGCAGAGAGACAAAUUUCGAUAAAGCCAUGGUGUGUCUCUUAGAGGUUGUCGGACAGAUAUUCAAAUGCAUCGAGUCCAUGAGCCAAAAAACCGAUGGCACGGCCCAUUCAAUGGAGAUUGAUGAACAGGGUCAACAAUCCGUGCACUCGCACCCGCUGGGGGACAAUCAGGCAUCGGGCCCCAGCAGCAACAUUCCGAUCAGGAGAGCGCCUACGGGUAACAAUUUUCAAGAACUCCCCUACAGUAUAGUUAAGGACAGUAUCAAUAAUCUCACUGUGAAGCUGUUUGGGAACGAGCCCACUUUGAAGUGGACCACAGCGAUGAAAUUCCUUCUAACAAACGUCAAGUGGUUACUCGCAUUUUCGUCGAGCAGGUUAAACUUGAUACAAGCGCCACAAGACGAUGAGAGCUGA